AAGAUAAGAAAGCUUGCAGAGUCAGAGAGUUUGGCUGGUUUUAAGAGUCUAUUGUCUACAGAAGAGUAUGACUUUAGAUUCGCAUGUGGCAUAACGAAGACAAUCGGCCGAAUGGAGCUCUUGGAUAAGAAGAAAACUAUUGAUGCCAUGUGUCUGCACUAUGUGAUCCUAGUGAGCCUCGCUGAGUUGGAACAGCUGCGACGUGGACUAGCCAUCCAAAAAUUCAAUAGCCUUAUGCUGUCCCAAAAGCAGUUAGGAAAGCCUUUGCACCACCAAUCCAAAAAAUAUCAAGUGAUUUCAUCCCGGAUAUGUACACUGCUCUAUUUUCACCUACUGGAAGCAACAAAGGGUCAUAGAAGAGAGCAUCAUGAUGUCAUGGGUGCGAUACCUGCAGUAUGUGGA